AUGUCCUCCUCCCUCCGCCAGCGACAGGUCCCCGCCGGCAACGAACCAUCUACGUCCAAACAGACCGCCCAAAAGGCCAAGUCUCGCAAUGAGAAGACCGGCCCCAGCGUCCUCGACAUCAUCCGUGUGGUGGUCACGCUGAUCGUCGCAUCAUGCGGCUUAUCCUACUACAUGACGUCGACGGAGUCCGUGCUAUGGGGCUACAGGCCGUGGUUCACUAGAUGGCCGGUGUUGGUCCGGUACUUGCAAGGACCUCUGAGCCUCACGCCCGAGCAACUCGCCCUCUACAACGGCUCCGACUCGGCUCUCCCCAUCUACCUCGCCAUCAAUGGCUCCGUGUUCGACGUCUCUGCGAACCCGCUUGUGUACGGACCGGGCGGUCACUACAAUUUCUUUACGGGGAAGGAUGCCACGCGCGCGUUCGUCACGGGCUGUUUCCAGGAGGACCAAACGCAUGAUCUGCGGGGUGUCGAGGAGAUGUUCAUCCCGCUUGAUGAGGAGGCGGAGCUGAAGACGCUGAGUAGUGGGGAGAAGAAGAUCCGGCGCGAGCAGGAUCGCCGGCUUGCUCGGACCAAUGUGCAGAAGCAGGUACAGCAUUGGGAGAAUUUCUUCCGCCAUCAUAAGAAGUAUUUCGAAGUUGGGAAGGUUGUUGGGUUGGAGGUGCCCGAGGAGCAGAGGGAGCUUUGCCAGGCUGCUAAGCAGCAGAGGCCUAAGAGGAGUAAUAUGAAGAAGGGAAAUUAG